AUGAACGCUAGACCGGACCACAACUUUCCAGAGCCGCCCCUAGAGGAGCUUGUUACGGAAUUUGAGGUUGAGCCCGCACUCGACGAUAAGACUGUUGACCAAGGCUCCGACGCGGACACUAGACGCCCAGCUCCUGCCCAGAGUCGGACAUGUAUCCUCGACGCGCAUGACGAUCUAUGGCUAAGCACAUACGGCCCCAGCUCAUGGGGUAACAGCGACCCAGUCAAGUUCAAAGUUUGCUCCCGCGGUCUAGCACGUGCAUCCGUCGUUUUCGAUGCUAUGUUAUACGGGAGAUUCGCUGAGUUGGAGAAGCGUAUGGCUGGAGGUGAUUGGACCAUAAACCUCCCGAAUGAUUCUGGCGCAGCAAUGCGUCAGCUUCUCGGCAUGAUGCAUGGGCGCUUCAGAUCUCUGGCAGAGCCGUAUUAUCGGUGCGAAGAGGAGAGUGUACCUGGGGACGAUGAGGCCUCACCUGAGCCAAAGGCUGAAUCGCGGGAUAUUACAAUUGAACAGCUCUACGACCUCACUGUCCUCGCAGACAAGUAUGACUGCGUCCAUAUGCUCCAGCCUUGGGCAAAAGCUUGGAUCCAGGAUCUUGAGCCGCUCUCACCGUGGUUGCUGAGCGAGAGCGCCCUGCUCCGCAAGACCUGGGUUUACUACCGGCUCGGAGAUCGAGAGAACUACGAUUAUAUCGUGACCUCGCUCAUUAAAGACGUACCGCCCUCCCUAGCAUAA